AUGUCGGAUACAUCCAAGCUUCAGGUUGCCAUCGUUGGUGCUGGCAUAGCCGGCCUUGGCGCAGCCGUUGCGCUCAAGAGCCACCCAGGCGUCGAUGUGCAGAUCUACGAGCGGGCCAACGAGCUGAGGGAAAUCGGGGCUUCGAUUGCGCUUGGGCCAAAUGGAAUGAGGACGCUGGAUAGACUUGGUGUGGACAAUGCGCUGAGCCCCGAUAUUGCGUUCCGGAAUAAGUCCUGGCAUCCCAUGAUAUACCGGCAUUACAUGACCGGCGAGAUUGUCUCCGUAGACAACCACAAGGGCGAGGUUGAGCAGCGCCACUUGACUUCGCGCUUCUACAGAGCACAUCUUCAGCAAGCCAUCGCCAAGCACGUCGACCCUUCCAGGAUACACCUGAACAAGCCCUUCGACUCGGUCACCUUCGAUGAGAAGCUGAACAAGCAGGUCCUGACCUUCAGCGACGGCACCACCGCAACCGCGGACAUCAUCCUGGGCGCGGACGGCAUCCACUCCAAAGUGCGGACCUUCUUCGUGCCGUCCUCCCGGACCGAGUGGACCGGCUGGGUCGCCUUCAGGUCCGUCUUCCCCAUCUCCCACCUCGCCCAAAUCCCCGACGUGCCCGACGAGGCCGAGCACAUCUGGGCGCCCGACAGGACCCUGUUCGUCUCCAGGCUCGGCAGGGACCUCUUCACCGUCGUGGCGUCCCACCAGGUCGACCCGGACGCCCCCGACGCGCCCUACCGGGACGCGUCGUGGGACUCGACGGGCGACGUGGGCGUCAUCCGCGAGUUCUACAGGGACUGGCACCCGAGGUACCGCGCCAUCGUGGAUGCGACGCCCUGGACGGGCGUCUACCCCAACUCUGCGGCCCACGCCCUCGACACGUGGGUGCUCGGGGAUGGCAGGGUGACGCUUGCCGGGGACGCGGCCCAUGCUCACGGGGGCGCCUUCGCCGCGGGUGGCAGCCUGGCGCUCGAUGACGCGUGGGCGUUCGCGGAGUCGAUCCGGUACGUGUUCCCCGAGGAUGCGGGGAGAACCCCAGCUCGGCCUGCGGCGGAGGACAUCGCCAGGGCGCUGCGGAUCUACGAGAGGACCAGGAAGGCGCAUACCGACCGGGUCAUGUCGGUGGUCCACGAGCAGAACAAGAAGAAGGUCGAGAGGCUCGGCCAGGUGCAGACGGACGAGGAGCUGAGGGCGCGGCUGCUGAAUCGGUAUGAUCCGUCGUGGAUACAUGAGCAUGAUGUGCAGCUGUCUUUCUCUCAGGCCUUGGACUCACUGGCCAACUGA